UUGUAGCCAAUUAGAGAUGCGUCGUCAGGCGGUUAGUGUCGCGGGAAUUGACGCUCAAAACAACAACAGAGACAUCAGUGCUACGCAACAGCGAAGAUGUUUCAGCUGUUCCUGAGCUGAGGAGCUGUCAUUAAAGAGCCCAGUUCUGAUUUCAGUACAGAACUGAAGCACCAUUACCGGGAGUCAAUACGAUGUCUUACAGGCGGACUAAGGAGGAGCUGGAUGCUGAGUUUGAGAAGUUUCUAAAGGAGUCUGUUUCAGAUGACUCUGUGGAACUAAGCAGUCCUGACAAGCAGCUUAAAACCAACAGCCAGAAAUCCAGUCAGAAGCCAACAGUGUCAUGGUGGCAAGAUCAUGAACACAGCAGUGGAGCACACUCAUCCAAACAAAGGUUUAUUAAAGCCAGAAAGGCCCCGACUGAGACCAAGAAGGCUGUCAGCGGUGAGUCUCACCAUAAGCCUGUUCCCAAACCUCGCUGCAAGGCUCCGGAUACACACAUCCAAUCUGACAUGAUUACCAACGCGAAGACUUUGGAUAUUUCCCAAAGUUUGGAAAGAGACGGAGCUUCAUCAGAAAGUCAAAGCAGUCGCACUCAUGAAAACCUCCAGAAGGUGGCAGAGAGGAGUCCUGAUGAAGCUAAAGACACUGAUGAUGCUUCCCAGGAGCACAUUAAUGAAUCAGUGCUGACAUCAGCUGGGAACAUGACCAGUAUGGGCCUGGACACUCUGGAGGAAGAAGAGGAGAAAGCCAUGUUCUUUGCCCAGAUAGAGGCUGAAGCUUCAUCAGCUAUAGAUUAUUCCAAGCUGAACAGAGAGUUGGAUUUAACCCAUUCUACUGUUGCCACUGACCUCAGGGAAGAGGAUGUUACAGCAGUGGAGCAGAGUAAAACUGGAGCAGUAGAAGCUGUGGGAGAGUCUCCAGCCCAUGCCAGCUUCCCACACUACAGUGAUGAUUUUGAAGAUGAGGACAGCAUAAAAGAGCCACUGGAGGAGAACUCUAAAACGUCCCCAAUUCUUGCGAGAGUUUCUCUCUAUGACUCUUUGGAUGACACUGGUGGAGAGCACAGAGCGAAGGACACAGCUGGGUCACUGGACAGAGGCCAGUUGUAUGCACAGAGCGGAGGGUCAGAGGUGGAGGCUCUUCAGGAGGCAUACAGACAGAUUCACUCUGUGGAGGAUUCAGAUGGUCAUCAUUAUUUCUCUCUGGAGGACAGAUGGAGGACCAACAGGCCAGUUUCUCCACCUUCUCCUCCUCAGCAGUCUCUGCAGCCUGCUUCUACCAAUGAGUCAGACUUGCCCACUGCAGAGGAGCUGAUGAGGCCCAUCCGACCAGAAAACAACCACAUUAGAGGCUUCUCUCUGCAGCCAGUCAGGACUUUCUCCGUUGUGACUCCUUCAGAGUUGGAACUGAAGCAGCCUGAAAACACUGGUACUGCUGUAGGAUUAAAAGGAGUGAUAAGGUCAACAAGCCACAAAUCUCCAGAACCUCCCCACCUUUACGUGACCUCCAGUAUCAGGAUGGAUGUGGAACGACUGCUGCAGGAGCAGAAUAAACAUUCUUCUCAAACUUGUAAUGUAAAGAAACAACUGACGUCCAGGGGCUCCUCUGUAUUUCAUUCUUCCAGGUCUUCUGAAAGAAAGCCUACUCUGGCUCCCUCUAGAGGCAAGGCAGAGAAUGGGAUGGCAGCUGGGAAUUUAAGGUCACUGAGGGCGAGCAAAGCUGCUGCCACACCCAGAGCCCCCCCCUCAAAAACCAAAUCCACAAAAAAACAAGAACAAGAUGACGGUGGUGCAGCAGCAGAGUCAGGUCUGAGGGUCAGCAGUGAGCUGGUGGCAUCUGUUCAGUCCCUGGUGGCUGUCCUCCAACAACAGAUAGACACCAGCAGCCUCAACGAUGCUGUGCAGGAGGUCAGAUGUUCUCAGGACAGCAAAUAUACUCAACCGCCUCCUCAGGUCAAAACAAUCAGGGAGGGUUCUGUGAUGGAAGCGUUAAGAGUCCAGCUGGCUCAGAAGGAAAAGGAACUGCAGAUGAUGAAGGAUGAAGUAGAGGAGGUCAAUUCACUGAGACAACAAAACUACGUGCUCCAGAGCAAGCUGCGGAGUGCAGAGGAAGCCAGUCAGAAGAGGAGGCUGGUGGAGGCUGCAGGUCCAGACACUGAUGAGACAUUUCAGCAAAUUGAUAAAGAAAUGAAAGAGCAGGAGAUGCUCAUCAAAGGUUAUCAGCAGGAGAAUGAGAAGCUGUGUCUACAGAUGAAGGCUCAGCAGGCCAAGAGUAAAGCCAACGAGGAGGCCAUGUUUAACGAGAACCAGAGUCUCCUGAACGAGCUGGUUUUUACAAGGGAGCAGCUGAGAAAAAAAAGACUUGUGGGCAACAUGUGCUCGAUGGAUCACACAAAACGCAUCUCUGAUUUGUUGGCUCAAAUCAGCGUCCUUCAGAGGAACGAGGCUGAGCUGUCUGAGGAAAACCACAGGCGAAAGCAAGAAAAGCAGUCUCUGGAGGUUGAGCUGCAGUUGAUUAAAAAGGAGCGAGACGUGGGAAAAGCCCAGGUCAUCUCCACCUCAGGAGAUAAGACGUUUGAGCUGCUAGUUCUGGAGGACCAGCACAGGGAGGAAGUGGCAGCUCUAAAGAAGAAGCUGCAGUGGUUUGCUGAGAACCAGGAGCUGCUGGAUAGAGAUGCUGGCAGGUUGAAGGCAGCAACAGCUGAGAUACUCCAACUCAAGGAGCAGGUGGAAAAACUAAAGCAGCAAGUGGGCAAAAGAAACAGCGAGCAGCAGAGGAAGGCCAGAGACAGAUCUGCUGACACAAAGAGAAUGCAAGACCUCCAGAGACAGGUGAAGGAACUGGAACAUAUUCUGAGAAGCAGGAACCCAAACUCGCUGCCAGCUCUGAUUUAUGCUGCAGCCACAGCUGCUGAUGAGGAGAAUGCUGCCUCUUCCAGGACGUCCCCACCUAGCCAGAUCAAUGUUCUGCUGGAGCGCCGUAUUCAGCGUCUGGAGUCUGAACUGGAGAGUCACGAUGAAGAGGCCAAGCGGACCCUGCGGGCCAUGGAACAACAGUUCCACAGGAUCAAGCUACGCUAUGAGCAACAGAUAUCUGAGCUGGAGCAGCAGCUGGAACAAAGACAGCCGACUGAAGCAGCAGCAGCUGGCUUAAACUCAUGGAUGUCUAAAUGUCAGAUUCUAGAGGAAGAGCUGCAGCGAGUCAAGGACAAAGACAAAUGUCUUCAGGACCAAAUAGAGUCUCUCCAGCAGCAGCUCAAAAACAAGGCUCAAGCAAGUCCAGGGCGACACCAGCGCCAAGCUGAGGCUGCGUUUGGUGCCCGGCUAGAGCGACUAAACCAGGACCUCGCCACCAAGACUAGAACCAUUCAGGAGCUGAGCCGGACUGUAGAGAGACUACAGAAAGAGCGGAGGAGCAUGCUGUCUACAUCCCACCAACGAUCAGAAACCCAUUCAGCAGAGAGCAAACCACGAGCAGGGCAGAGUAAACCUCAGUGCUCUGCUGCCGCAACAGAAACAAAUCUAGAGGGAGAAACGUUUCCUGCAGCCCAGUAUGAGAAGACUUACCAGCCUACUGUCUUCACAGGAAGCCACAUCUCAGAGGUGCUGCAGGAGAACGAGGCUCUAAGGCAGCGCGUGGAGUUGCUUCAGCUGCAGAAUGAGCAGGAAACAGAAGAACUAAAGGCCAAUGCUGUUCAAGCAAAGGAGGAGCUCUGCAGGGUGAAAGAACACUUAGCAGAGCAGCUGUCUUCUGUGAAGGCAGAACACCUCAGGGUGCUGGACAGCCUGCGUGCCACUCAUGCCCUGGAGCACUCAUCAUCCAAGGUGGCAGAACUGAGCAAUAAGCUCAACACUCAGGAGAUGGCGAUGAAACACAUGCAACAGCAGCUAAAGGAACUGCAGAAAUGUAACGAGGCACUCUCCAUCUCCAGGAGCAGAGAAGAAGCUUUGCAGAAGCAGCUAACCGGACUGCUGCAAGAGCUGAAGGAAGCCAAAGAAGCUCAGAGUUCUGAGGUGAAACUUCUGUGCAGUCUGGAGAGGAAGAUCGUUAACAUGGAGCUCAGACACGAGCACAGAGAGAAGGAGCUGCAGCAGGUUGUUGCUGAGACGUUUCAGAUGUCAGCAGCUGAUCUGCAUCCAGAAGUUGAGAAAUGGCGACGGCUGGCUCUGGACAAGAGCAGAGAGCUGGAUGCUUUCCGCUCAGAGCUGGACUCCAUACUGGACAUCCUGAGACAUCUCCAAAAACAGGGAGUGGUCCUCCCUACCCCUGAACCUGUGAUUACAGCCCACCUCCUCCAGAACAGUUAGUUCUAACUUACCUCAUUGUGCAGAUGUGCCUGGCUGAUUGCCUCUGCAGUCAUCCUGAGACCACUGUACCACUCUAUGUGCUAUUAGAUAGCAUAUAGAAAGGACACUGUGACUUGUUCUCAAAUCAGUGGAUUGACUAAGUGCCCAUAACAGACAAACAUUUCAGCUGUUCUGUCCAUAGGUUUUUGUACCUAAAUUAUUAUUUAUUUAAGAAAUAAUAAACAUCUAAUUUAUAAAUGGUA